GUCCCCAUUUUGCUUCUCACAGCGACAUAUUUCAAUAAGAAAACCAAAGCUAGCAAUGAUCAAUCGUACGGAAGUAACAGUUUGUGGUAUUGAAAAUGAGAAUUAUUUCUAAAGUAAAAGAAAAAAAUUACAUCUGGUGACAGUAUAGUUUCACUCACUUUAACUAAGUGCAACUUUUUUUCUACAACUUCCUCAUAUUAAGAUGUCUGUAACGGAAGAUAAAUUGAAGAGAUAUGAAAAAAUUGAAUUUCUGGGCGAGGGUCAGUUUGCUACAGUGUACAAAGCAAAAGACAUUGAAACAGGAUGUAUAGUUGCAGUAAAAAAGAUUAAACUUGGUUCUCGAGCUGAAGCUAAAGAUGGAAUCAACAGAACAGCACUUAGAGAAAUUAAACUCUUGCAAGAAUUGUCUCAUACAAAUAUCAUAGGGUUGCUGGAUGUAUUUGGUCACAGGUCUAAUGUUUCCUUGGUAUUUGAUUUUAUGGAUACUGACUUAGAGGUUAUUAUCAAAGAUCCAUCAAUUAUCUUGACCACUGCUCACAUAAAAUCAUACAUGGUGAUGACUCUUCAAGGACUUGAGUAUCUUCACCUCAAUUGGAUUCUUCAUAGAGACUUAAAGCCUAAUAACUUGUUAAUAGAUAGGAAAGGAGUAUUAAAAUUGGGUGAUUUUGGUCUUGCAAAAUUUUUUGGAUCACCAAACAGAGUGUACACUCACCAAGUUGUAACCAGGUGGUAUAGAUCUCCAGAGCUUCUUUUUGGUGCUAGGAUAUAUGGAAUUGGAGUAGAUAUGUGGGCAGUAGGAUGCAUUCUUGCUGAGCUAUUACUUCGAGUACCUUUUUUUCCUGGUGAAUCAGAUCUGGACCAACUCAACAAGAUUUUUCAAGCUCUUGGAACACCUAAUGAAAAUAACUGGCCUACCCAGGUGAAGCAUGACUGAGUUGUUAGAAUGCUCAGACUGCAAAACCAAGGGUUCGAGGUUCACAACUCAUUGCUAAACAGAUAUGCUCCACACUUUGGAGCCAUGGGUGUGCUAUAAGAUUGGCAGUCAAACCCAACCAACCAAUCAGACAAGAAUAGCACAAUAGU